AUGGGGAAUGCAAUAAGUACACCCGACGAGUGUGACGACUGCGAAGCACGCUGGGACUACAAAUGCAAAGCCAAUGUUCACUUCCACUGUGCCAAGCAUUACUUCGAUCGCUUGCAGCUGGGCACACUUCCGCAUGGAGGUCCGCACUAUUGGCAGAGCCGACAAGGUGAGGUGAAACUUCAGCCAGUGCCAGAGUUUCAGCAAGAAGCAAGUGACAGCAAGGUGAGGAUGUCAGCAGAAAUCCCUGCUCCAAUCAGGAGUGCGGUUUUGAAAUCCACCAGUAAGCAGCAUAUCCAAGAUCGACUGAGUCAGGUUGGUCUUUCAGAUACGGUGGACAAGGCUCGCAUCGACAAGGCGCACGACAUCAUCCCCAAGCUGCGUGCUGCGAUUGCCAGUCAAAACCAAGAGAGUGUCAACAAUUUGAGCAACGAGCUGAUGGAAACGAUGCCGAAGCAGGCUUCAGUCAAGAAAGUCAAGACGGAGGAAGAGUUGCUCCAGCAGAUCCAGAUUCUCGAAAUGCUGGAUGACAUUCUUGCAAGUCAAGAGCUUGAUGACUACGACGCGCUGCUGCAGCACUGUGAUGUGGACUCAGUGGACAUGGACUCAGCUGAGGCUCAGCUGAUUCAGCAGUAUAUGCGCCAAAACAUGCGGGCAGGCUCGGAGGUCUUCGGAGCAGAGGUGUUCCGGGUUGCUCGCAAGGACGAGCAGGAGAAUCCACGCUCCAACAACCAGGUACUCCUAUGGCAUGGAUCAAAAAGCGCCAGCUUUGUUUCGAUCUUGCGCAAUGGCCUGCGCUUGCCAAAACACGCAACGCAUGGCUGGGCAUUCGGUCCUGGCAUUUAUUUCGCAGACAUCACUAGCAAGUCACUGCAAUAUUGCGGGGACAUGAGUGAUUGCUUGCUUGCGCUGGCAGAAGUCAACCUUGGCGCCAUGCAUCCCACCCACACCCGUAUCCAGGGACCUCCACGCGGUUGCGAUUCAGUGUGGGCAGUAGGCCAGUAUUGGCCUUCGCCAGAAACCUUUGAGUCAGGCGAUUCCGAGCAUGCAGUAAUCCCAGGUUGCGACAUCCCGAUGGGACGCCCGAGCCCAGUCACCUUUGUAACAGCGAGGCCCAAUAUCAGUCACAAUGAGUUCAUCGUGUAUGAUGCAUCUCGCGUGCGCCUGCGCUAUCUCAUCCGCGCCAAGGUCGUUUCCUCAUCUUUGAAACAAAGCGACUCAGAGCUCCGUUGCACCCGCAACAUCAAAGAGACAGAGACAUAUUACCAAUACAUGAAGGACAUGCACGUUGACAAGGUCAUUCGCUGGCAGUACUAUCUUGGCAACUUUCAAGAUGGCAAGGCGCCUGGUUGGCACCCAUAUGAUGAUCAUCUGCACCAGGAGCUUGAGCAACGCUAUGUAGAUGGCGACGAAGCCACGAAGGUCAUGUCCGGCAGCCAUGGCUACACCUACGAAGUGGAUUUCGAAGGAAUGAAGCAAACUAAUCUGACACACCACAACCAUACAGUUCGCAACAUUCGCCGAGUUGAAGUAGACCAGUCAAGCUUGGGCACACCUGCAGAUACUCCAUGCUGCGUGAUGUGA